AUGAACGAUCCGACCACCACGGCCCACUUCAAGGACAAGGUGGUGGUGAUGCCCGACAUCCCCCCCAUCGACACGGCUGCCGUCGCCGCCCUGCACCGCCAGCUGCCGCACUAUGCCGUCACGCCCAUGCACAGCCUGCCGACGCUGGCCGCGGAGCUGGGGAUCGGGCACCUGUUGCUGAAAGACGAGUCCAACCGGUUUGGCCUGCCGUCGUUCAAGAUCCUGGGCGCGUCGUGGGCCGUCUACAAGGCGCUGGCCCGCGCGGUCGGCCUGCCCAGCACCGGCCCCGACGCCGUGUCCCUCGACGCGCUCGCCGCCGCCGUGCGCGCGCACAACGACCGCCACAACCGCGAAAACGGGCUGCGGCCGCUGCAGAUCCUGUCGUGCACCGAGGGCAACUGGGGCCGCGCCGUCGCCCGCAUGGCGCGCUACGCCGGCGGCGUGUCGUGCCGGCUGUACGUGCCGGCGUUCAUGCCGCAGGCGACGCAGGCGCUGCUGGCGCGCGAGGGCGCCGACGUGCGCGUGGUGCCGGGCGCCAACUACGACGACUGCGUCACGCUCGUGCGCGCCGAGGCCGACCGCGACUCGUCGAUGCUGCUGCUGCUGGACGUCGGCCUCGAGGACUACGAGGACGUGCCGCAGUGGGUCGUCGAGGGCUACAGCACGCUGCUGGCCGAGGCGGACGCGCAGGUCCGGCAGGCCACGGGCGGCCGCCCGGCGACGCACGUCGUCGUGCCCGUCGGCGUGGGGUCCAUUGCCCAGGCGGUCACGGCGCACUACAAGGCGCCGCACGGGCGCGGCGGCGCCGUGGGGACCGGCCAGGCCAUGCAGGAGAGCAUCGAGUCGGCCGAGGCGCUGGCCAACGACGUGGACGACGACGCCAAAGGCCCAGACGACCACGCCGACACAGACACCCCCGUCACGUCCGUCCUCACCGUCGAGGCCGACACCGCCGCCUGCCUGCGCGCCUCGCAGGCCGUCGGCCGCCGCGUCACCGUCGCCACCGCCGACACCAUCAUGUGCGGCCUGAACUGCGGCACCCUGUCGCGCAACGCCUGGCCCAUCCUCCAUGCCGGCGUGGACUACUCGGUCGCCGUCUCCGACCGCCAGGCCCACGUGGCCGUCCAGCAGCUGCUCAACGCCGACAGCAGUGUCGUGGGCGUGGACGCGGACGCGGACGCAGACGGCGACGAGCCGAUGGGCGGCACCGACCAAAAGACGAGCGAGAGCGACGCGGCGGGUGCAAAGGGCGUGGCCGCGGGGCCGUGUGGUGCGGCGACGCUGGCUGGUCUGCGCAAGAUUUGCUCCGAGGCACGGGAUGUUGUCAAGGUGCAGCAGGAUUCGGUGGUGGUCUUGAUUUGCACCGAGGGCGCGAGGGAGUAUGCCGUGCCAUUUGUAUGA